AUGACCGCGGAAACCCAGCAGGCUAACGAGCUGUACGAGGCGAAAAAUGUCCUCAUCACGGGUGGUGCCGGGUUUAUCGCGUCGCACGUCGCGAUCCUGUUCGCCAAGAAGUACCCCCAGUACAAGGUCGUCGUCGUCGACAAGCUCGACUAUUGCGCCAACCUGAAUAACCUCCGCUCGAUCGCGGGGCUUCUCAACUUCAAGUUUGUCAAGGGUGAUGUCGGAUCCGCCGAUCUCAUGACCUACGUCAUGAGGUCCGAGGAGAUCGACACCGUGAUGCACUUUGCUGCGCAGACCCACGUCGACAACUCGUUCGGCAACUCGUUCGAGUUCACCGAGAACAACAUCCGCGGUACCCACGUUUUGCUCGAGACCGUCAAGACCCUGGGUACCAUCAAGAGAUUCCUCCACGUCUCCACCGACGAGGUCUACGGCGAGUCCUCCUACGAGAAGGAUGAGGCUAACGUUGAGGCGGCGUCCCUCCUGGAGCCGACCAACCCGUACUCUGCCACCAAGGCGGGCGCUGAGAUGCUUGUCAUGGCCUACGGCAGGUCGUACAACCUCCCGUACAUCAUCACCCGCGGUAACAACGUGUACGGUCCGCACCAGUACCCGGAGAAGGCCAUCCCCAAGUUCAUCAUGCUCGCGCAGAGCGGCGGCACCAUCCCCAUCCACGGCGACGGCAUGGCGACGCGUUCGUACAUGCACGUGUAUGACGCGGCUUCCGCAUUUGAUACCAUCCUGCACAAGGGCGCGAUCAAGGGGGUUUACAACAUCGGCGCGCACGAGGAGCGCACCGUGCUGUCCGUCGCUCAGGACAUCGGCAAAUCUCUCGGCAAGGACAUCUCCAAGACGAUCGUGCACGUCUCCGACCGCAAAUUCAACGACCGUCGCUACUUCAUCGACUGCAGCAAGCUCCUCGCUCUCGGAUGGACGCAGCAGGUGUCGUGGGAGGAGGGACUCAAGGAGACCAUCGAUUGGUACACCAAUAACGGUCAGGCUAGCGGUUACUGGGGUAACCUCAGCGGCGCGCUCGUGGCGCACCCGACGGGGGGUAAGCCCCAGCUCGAGGGUGAGGUGUAUCAGAGCCUCGAGGAGAUGAUGGCAGCGCAGGAGAGGGAGCGGGCGGCUGAGCGCGAGGAAGGGAAGGGGGAGAAGAAGCCGAUGUUCCUCGUCUACGGCCGCACGGGCUGGAUCGGCGGUAAACUCGGCAAACUCCUCACGGAACUCGGUCACGACUGGUGCUACGGCAGCGCGCGCCUGCAGGACCGCGUGGGCGUCCAGGACGACAUCAAGCGCUCCAAGUGCACGCACAUCCUCAACGCCGCGGGCGUCACCGGACGACCCAACGUCGACUGGUGCGAGGACCACAAGGUGGAGACCAUUCGCGCGAACGUCAUCGGCGUUCUCCAGCUUUGCGACGUCGCCCUCGAGAACAACGUCCACGUCACCAACUUUGCCACCGGUUGCAUCUACAAGUACGACGACGCGCACACCAUCGGAGGCGUCCCGUUCACCGAGGAGGACGACCCCAACUUUGGGGGUUCGUUCUACUCGGAGACCAAGUCGUACAUGGAGAUGAUGCUCAGGCACUACCCCAACGUGAUGCAGUGCCGCGUGCGCAUGCCCAUCGACGGGGAUCUCCAGAACCCGAGGAACUUCAUCACCAAGAUUGCCAACUACGCCAAGGUUGUCAACAUUCCCAACUCCAUGACGGUGUUGGAAGAGUUUGUCCCGAUGGCGGUCGAGGGCGCCCUUCGCGGCCUCACCGGCGCGUACAACUGGACUAACCCCGGCGCCAUCUCCCACAACGAGGUUCUCGAGCUGUACCGCGACUACCUGCACCCCGAGUUCACCUGGGAGAACUUCACGGAGGAGGAGCAGGCGGAGGUCAUCAAGGCUCCGAGGUCCAACAACACCAUGUGCGACAAGAAGAUCCGCGCCGCCUUCCCCCAGGUGCUCGGCAUCAAGGAGUCCAUCAUCAAGUACGUGAUGGAGCCCAACAAGAAGGCCGGCAUGAGGGCGCCCAUCAAGCGAGAGAUCAAGUGAAGAGCGAGUAUAUUAUCGUUAUUACGAAGGUAGCGCGGGGCGCAUCCCCAGAAGUUUUUAUUUCAGCCGAGCUGAGCCGCUUCUGCCCCG